AGAAGCCUUACGUCUGCAGCCUGUGUGACUUUGUCAGCACGGAGUCAUCUGCCUUCCUGUCCCAUCUACGUCUCCAGCACACCAGUGACGGCCGACCUAUUCCCAACCCCAGCUCCAGCUCUGAGAGAGGCACCCCCAGUAGCGUCCCUAAGCUGAAGAGGGCUCUCCUCCACGGGCUUGCUCAAUCCUCUGCCCCCCACCCUUACCUCUCUGCCCGGCCGUCGAGAGACAAAUGCACCGCAGAGAGCAGUUCACCUGCUGACUCUCACCGUGUUGCUCCUCUGGACCUGUGCGUGAGAGCCGAGGGCCACAGGGGCCCGGCCUCCUCAGCCCUUCAGCAGAAGGGCCUGCCCAGUCAUAAGUGCUCCUACUGCUCCCACUCCACCCACUACCUGGAGGUGUUGUGGAUGCACCAGACUGUCGCCCAUCGCAUCAACAGCAGCGCCCUGGCCCCCAAAUGGGCCCUCCUGAAGAAUGGCUUCAAGGGCCCCCGAGAGGGCUCGUCCUCAAGGAGACGCACGGGCCCUCCUCCCGCUCUGGAUGGGAGGGAGUGUCCCCCGUUGCCCCCUGUGGUGCGCACCCCACGCACACGCCCCCCAUCGUUGAAUGGGGGCCAGAAGAAAGACAGCAGGGACAGGGCAGCCAGUCAACCCAGCACCUCUUCCUCCUCCUCCACACAAGGGUCCUCCUCCUCUGCCUCAGGCCCCCAGAGUGUGCGGCCUCCCAGGGUAGGCAGCUGCAGACAGAGAGGCGAGGCUGUGCCGGAUCAGGGCCAGCGCUCUCGCUCCAACUCUAGGCCCAGAGUGGAGAUCUACCCACGGGGAGGCUGCUCGACCGGCUCCCUGGAGAAGAGCACUGCAGCCAGGGCUCCCCAGCGACCCUCAGCCCCUAGCCCCAGUGUCGGAGGAACCACCAGGCUGGUGGAAAGGUACAUGUUGCCUCAGGAAGGCCUGGGAUUCAUGCUGUCCAGCAAACACGGCCUUGCAGAGUACAGCAGAGCCAGGAGCUCGCCUCAGCCCCAGCCCAAGCCCAGGAGCUCCCAGUCCCACAGCCAGUCUCACCCACAGUCCCAGGGCAGACCCAGGGCUGAGCGCCCAGCCCACAACACCACCACGGCAGGCCAGGGCUAUGGAGCCUCCCACUCCCAGACACAUGGGAGCGCCGUCCAGGUAUCCUCCACCUC